UUAAGUCCGGAUCUCUUUCUCACUUUUUGCGAGUUCUUUCUAUCUCUCUCUACAUGUUUUUAUUCCGUCGAGCUGCUGUUGAAACUGAUCGAUGAGUGAAUCGUUCUUCCUUCACUUCACAAUCCGCACUGUUCGUCUUCUCGAAUUGAAACUGAUAGUUGGGUUUGAGUAGAGUCGCUUCUACACUUUAGGAUUUGCUGUGUUCUGUUCUUCCUGCUCUUCUCCGUCUUUUGCUAGUUUUGAAUUGCCUUGGUCAUGUAUUCUCUGAAACUCCAUGGAAAAAAGUUGGGCGAGUUGCAGAAAUGGCGUCAUAUGAGUUUUGCAGUGCAAAAUGAAUCUGCUUUUUCCAAUUCGUUCUCCUCUGUGUCCAGUGCUGCUAUAGAUGGUCGUAAAGGUAAGAACUUUACAGCCUCUUACCUCGUUGAGUCAUUGGGUUUAACUUCAAAAGUAGCUAAGUCGAUCUCCAUGAGAGUCAUUUUCGAGGACAAGGGCAACCCUGAUUCAGUUCUGAGUCUUUUUAGAAGUAAUGGGUUCACAAAAUCUCAGAUUUCAAGCAUUGUUAUGGAUUAUCCACAGUUGCUUGUAUUAGAUGCUGAGAAAUCACUUGCUCCCAAGCUUCAGUUUUUGCUGUCUAGAGGAGCUUCGAGGUCUGAUCUCACUGAGAUUGUUUCUACAGUUCCUGAAAUCUUGGGAAGGAAAGCAGGACAAACUAUUAGCAGAUACUAUGAUUUCAUCAAAGAGGUUAUAGAGGCAGAUAAGAGUUCCAAGUAUGAAACGUUAUGUCAAUCUUUGCCAGAGGGUAAUAGACAGGGGAAUAAAAUCAGAAAUGUUUUGGUUCUGAGAGAAUUGGGUGUGCCUCAGAAGUUGUUGUUCUCCUUGCUCAUCUCUGAUGCCCAACCUGUCUGUGGAAAAGAAAAUUUUGAAGAAUCACUCAAGAAAGUUGUUGAGAUGGGUUUUGAUCCAACAACAUCAAGGUUUGUCCAUGCUCUUAAGGUUAUUUACAAAUACAGCGAGAAAACGAUAGAAGAAAAAGUCAAUGUCUGUAAAGGGUUAGGCUUUGCUGUGGAAGAUGUUUGGAAAAUGUUCAAGAAGUCUCCUACCUUUAUGAAUAACUCGGAGAAGAAGAUAGUGCAGACUUUUGAAACCCUGAAGAAGUGUGGACUACUCGAAGACGAGGUCCUCUCUGUGAUGAAGAGGUUUCCACAAUGUAUUGGUGCUUCAGAGAAGAAGAUAUUGAACACCAUUGAAACAUUUCUCUGCCUCGGAUUCAGCAAAGAUGAGUUUGUAAUCCUAGCCAAGCGCUUUCCUCAAUGUCUUAUUUUAUCUGGGAAGACGGUGACGAAAAAAACUGAGUUUGUGGUGAAGAAGAUGAAUUGGCCUCUAAAGUCUGUGAUUUCAACCCCUUCGAUGCUUGGAUACAGCCUGGAGAAGAGGACUGUCCCAAGGUGUAAUGUAAUUAAAGCUCUCAUGGCAAAAGGAUUGCUCGGAAGUGAACUCCCUCUAAUGUCGUCUGUUUUGGUAUGUAGCAAUGAAGAGUUCUUAAACAGGUAUAGAUUGGAAUGAUGUAAUGCAGCUCCUGAAUUCUUGGAUUGGUCAUGUUCUUGAGGGUGAAUCUAGUGGCGUAUUACACAGUUUUCAAAGAACCAUUGUUUGGUCUGUGAUUCUCAUAGAAGCACUAGAGAGACUGAGAGAGAUACAGAGCAGUCACCAUUGUCGCAUAUGUACUCAAGUCAAUGUAGGUCGUUACUAGCCCUGUUUUCAGAAAUGUGAGAUUUUUUACUUAAAACAGACACAACUUUGAUCUUUAGAGGCUGACCCCAAACGGUGUCGUUUUAUGUACAGAGUCGAUUAGAUUAAGAAGACUCAGUUUUUAAGGUUUAAGACUUGAUUUAUUCGAUACUUUAAACGAUAAUGAUAUUAAUUAUAUAAUAAUAGAACCGGAUUGGUCGGUUA